GCGGGAGAAAGAGAAACUCAGAUGCCAUCUUUAUUCUGUCACGUGACCCUUAGUACUUUGUGGGUUCCGAGUAAAUCAGAUUAAGCUUGUAAAUAUUACCUCUGUACAUACUGUACAAAGAAAAAGAUGAGUUCGAGUAAUCGAGCCGCCUCUAAAGGCGGCAAAGGGGCGAAGGCUGACAAAUCUCACAAGUCAGAAAAAUCAGAGAGCGGUAAAGGAAACGAGAAACACCAACACAGAGAAGUAAACUCAAAAAAUGAGGAUCCCAGUAUGAAAGAAAAAGUUAAAACAUUGAUUGAAAUGACACAGAGAUCAGAAGAAGAAGUUUGCUGGGCCCUUCACGAAUGCAACAAUGAUUUGAAUGAAGCUAUAGAAAUGAUUUUUGAGUCCAUGGGCAUUGGUGAGUGGGAGACACGCGUGAAAAAGAAAAAAACUAGGCAAGCUUCUGCAAGCAAACAGGAAAAGUCCGAAGAGAAUGCUCCUGCAGACGGUUGGGAUGAGAAUACUUCUCCGGGAGUUCAACAGGGCGAAGGAAAAGAGAAACCUAGAAACAGAAGCGGUCCCCCACCGCGUCUCCACCGUAACAAUGACAAUCGUGGAUGGCGAGGUCGUGAGAGGCAAGAGAACGAUCGUAAUCUAGAAGAUUCAGGUCGUCCAGACUACCACCGGGACAGGGACCGUCGAGGCAGGCCUGGUGGUCCCAGAGGUGGUGGUGGCGGCCGAGGUAGAGGUGGUGGUAGGGCCGGGGGCCGGUACCCUCCAAGAGGAAACAGAAGUAAUUCUUAUAAUAAGCCUAUCGAAACAUGGGAUAAUUCUAAUUCCAAUACCUGGGACAACAGUACGGCGUUAACUGCUACUAAUCAUAACACAGAAGAAACUUGGGACGAGUUUCCGGGAACAGAUGAGUGGUCCACUGAAGAGUAUCAAGGUAGUUUGGCUGAUACAAAAGUCUUUACUCCCAGCGUGCAGCCUACUUUGGAUCCAGUCACUGAACCUCCCGGCAAUCAGGCGUUGCAAGAUUCUUCUCUGAGCAGUCAACAGCUGGGGCAGACCUUGCAGAUGGGACAGAGUAUGCAGAUGCCUUCUCAAAGCCCGGUACCGCCCUUAGUUGGUACUUUGACUGCUGCUCAGACACAGUACUUUACGCAGCUGCAACAGAAUAAUGACAAUCUCAGUAAGCAGUACGCCUCUCCAGGCCAGACGACAUACGAGAAAAGUACUUCAGUGCAGUACAACAAUGCAACGACAAUACCUUACAACAGCGGCGCCGGAACGCAGUAUAAUGCCAAUGUGUCUCAGUACAACAACAUCUCGACUUCGCAAUACAGUAGCACGACGACUCCACCAUAUAGUGGUACCCAACAGUAUGGCAGUCAGGGCAGCAGUUACGUUGAUACGGGAUAUCAAAAUGUUAAUGCCGGUUAUGGCGUCCAGGAGUCGGUACCCACCCAGCAACCACCCAGGGCUAAGACGCAGAGGGCUAGGGUGCCCCCACCUUCAAAGAUACCUGCCAGUGCAGUCGAGAUGCCCGGAGAUUUGAACUCCAGCAUAGGCUACUUGGAUGUGCAGUUCGGAGCGAUGGAUCUUAUCGACAGCAACUCUUCGUUUGAUGGGAAUAUGGACACCAAAUACAGCGUCGGUUCUCAAUUGACUAGCUUGGACAUUAACUCGGUUACGACGGCCAGUCCACUGGAACUGAACUCGGCGAAUCAGAACUCCAAUCUGGAUGGUUAUUCACCUAAAAAUAAUGCACAAAGCAGUAUUAGCUCCGUAUUAUCACAGAGCCUCUCUAAUUCUGACAGCAUUCCACAGACAAGCGAACAUCUGGCCAGUAGCACGUACAGUUCUGCGCCGAGGAGUACAGCUCAAGGCGCCGGAACUUCGACGGCGGGCGUCGCAACUGCAUCUGCUGGCGGCCUGGAACUAAACAAACAGCCAGAUAGCCACUCGUACUCGCAGCCGUCAACAUACAACUCUUUCCCGUCGAAGGCAAAUACCUACAAUACAUCUUCAUACACCGGCACGACGACGACAGCCAGUUCGUACUCGUCGAACCAAGCAAAUAGCUAUGUAAAUGUAAAUAGUCAGUCUGGCGGCGGAUAUAGUGCUCCCUCUGGUAAUGUGUACCCUAACACCUAUUCCUCAAACAGCUCGUAUCAAUCGACUACGAAUUCAGCAACAUUCCCGUCAAUCAGUCAGGCUAAUACGUUCUCUUCCAACAACCAGACGUACCCCCAGAACACGAGUCAAUCAGUCUAUGGUGCUAAUACAGGUUUGAGUAACUCAACUUACGGCAACACGUCGACGAGUCAGUACAACAACUACAGUUCCAGCAAUAAAAUUGUGAAGGAUAGCUCGUACGAGAGCAGCUCGAAUACGACGAGCGUCAGCCAAACCGCUACGACGAACGUCACUUCCUCAGCGCCGAUCUCAAUGUCGCAAACGACGAUGAGCGUUAGCAAAACAUCGACGACGUUAGCUGCAAAGAACUCUAACAGUGUGGUGUCGAACAUUCCUCCUGGAGUCACACCCGUCAUGAGCACUCCAUACAUUAUGGGGCAGGUGCCGUAUUUCCAGCAGCCAAUGUACUCUUACGAAGACAUGCAGCUGCUACAGCAGAGGCUGCCACAUAUGACAACUCCCUACUACGACAUGAGUUACCAAACUCCGACAACUCUGGCUCAAGUGAGGGAUGCCACCUUAGGAAACGUAGGUUACUCCCUGUCCGACGGAAGAUUUACAAGGACUGAUAACAACGCUUCUCCUGUCCCUUCGACAUUGUCGCAGCAGACGAGCACGCUGACACAGGGCCACCAGGCGCAGCCAAUCCUGGCCGGUACAGGCCCGCCUUACUUUUUUGCAACUGCUUUCAAUACGAUAGCUCCCAACUACCAGUUCGGAACUAUGUAUACGCAACUGCCAGCAGCAACUAAUGCUCACGGUUCAAACAACAACAAUCAGUAUCCAAAACCGGCGACGUACGGCUCGGGGUAUGGUAGCUAUGAUGCCCUUAACCAAUCGCAGGAUUACACCAAAGGAGCCUAUGUGGGCAACACACAGGCCCAGAAAGCAUCGGGCGCUAAUGCUUCUUCAACCGGAUCGGCAGGCAACGAUCUGUCCGCCAUGUAUGCAAAGUCUCACACGGCUCUAGGGAAGGUGAAUUCUUACGAAAAGCAAGGGUUUCACUCUGGAACGCCUCCACCCUUCACUGGGGCGUUGCACGGUAGUCAAAACGCUGGGUUGGCUCCCAGCGGAACAGGUUAUCCUCCCCAAGUGUAUAUACCGACGAUGGCGCCUCAUCAGCAGCACCAUUCAACUCAUUUGAUGCAGCCUCCGCUUCAUCAGAUGGAUGUCAGGCACCAAGGCCGACGCGUGGACUCCGGCACCACCGGUGGCCAGCGUUCUCAGACAUCAAAUCAGGCGAAGUCUGGAGCAAAACAGUCCUAUCAGACAUCAUACUGGAACCAAGCUUAAGACGUCUCUAACCAUCCGCUCACCACCACUUCGCCCUCUCCCAAAAAAGCAAACAAAAACUUGUUGAUUGAUUUAAGUCGUUACUCCUCUAGCCUAUAAUGAAUGUAUUUUAUAAAAAAUUAGAACGAAAGUGAAACCUUAUAAAUUAUUUUCUUCAAUACUGUAUUUAUUUUAGUAGUUUAAAGGUGUUUUUUCUUACACUUUUGACUUUAUGUGGAAUAAAAAAAGCCUGUACGAUAUUUUUUUAACAUUGACUAUCAUAGUUUUAUUUUGCGUAAAGUCCUACAGUUAGGUUUUGUUCUUGUAUAGAUGUGUACGUUUUAUUUUGGUGUGCGGAACGAGCAUUUUUUUUUGGAUCUGCGUGUUUUUAUAAGUUUCAGUUUUGGCCAGUUUGAAAAUUUGAUUGAUUUUGUAUUUCAUUGGAACAGUUAGCGCUUUUUCAAUUUGUGUACAUUAUACCAUUUUUUUAUUGAGGCAGUAUUUUAUUUCUGCGGGAAGGUGUGUUGAGGAGCCACUGUCAAUUCGUACGGAGUCAUCUGACACUCCUGGGUUUAUGCAUGUGUGUUUCACUUUAUUAUACCUACUCAUCUUAAGUGUUAGAGAUAGAAGACGGGGUGGUAUAAAAACACGGGCCGGAUGUCGGCUUCUGCAAUGUUUGAAACUUUUUUGUUUUCUGAAAGCGUGGAGUGGUCACAAAAACCUAACCGCGCACUUGUAUCUCCACAAAGUGCUCUAAAUCGAUUAUUUUCAAAUCUAGGACUGGCCAGAUUGCCUUUCGACCGGUCCGUUGUAAGAAAUCGUUGGAUACAAGUUUAAACUGUAAAUAUACAUAGAUUAAAAUUGAAUUUUCGUACUGACUCGCACGCUGUGUAUCGAGUCCUGCCUGUGCAUACGCUGUCUUAGAUUAGGUGGAUUGGCUUUCUAUGAUGCACAGUCGCACGACUGAUCUUGUAGGCUCUUGUCUCCUUCACGGAACUGUAAGUCGAACGUUAAGGAUCGCCGUUCCGUUAUCAGGCUGGGAGUUUUAUUCAAUGAAUAUCAUAGUUAGAUUUAUUAACUAAAUAUAAAGUAUCUUAUGUAACUAUGCUAUUUGUAUAAAUAUUCACUUUAUUAAAGUAAGCACUGUAUAUGUGUAGUUUUGUUUUGUAUUCGCCAAUAACUUAUGAGAUAUGGAAAUACACGAGGAUAUAUAAUUAA